AUGGUGAUUCAGGAGCGGCUGUUAGUUCAAAAGCUUCAGGUUUUAUUGUAUGCCAGAGAAUCGGAGAUCCGCCAACGGGCUCGUAUUAAAUUCUUACAUGAAGGAGAUGGAAAUUCAGAAUUUUUUCACCAAUCAUUGAAGACUAGGCGUGCUCACAACUCGAUCUCCACUAUUCAAUCCUCUUCUGGGGUUAUGUUGACUAAUGAUGAGGAGAUUAGGGAUGAGGCAGUGUCUUAUUUUUCCACAGCCUUCAUGAAUACCCCUCAGGUUGUUUGUGGUGACUUCGAUAUUCCCAUUGACAGAUCUCUAUCUUGGCAUGAGAAGGACUUACUUUCUCAAGCUUUUUCUAUGGAUGAUAUCAAGAAGGUCAUCUUCGCAGCAGAGAACGAUAGUGCCCCAGGUACGGAUGGUUUUGGUGCAUGUUUCUAUAAGGCUACUUGGGAUAUUACAGGGCAUGAUGUUAGCAAUGCAAUUCUGGAUUUUUUCAAUAACCCAUGGCUUCCUGAUCAAGUCAAGCUUUCCCGAUUGACGCUAAUCCCUAAGGGUGACCAUCAGAAUACAUUCUCUGACUACAGACCAAUAGCGGUUAGUUCCUUUAUUUAUCAGUUCAUUGCUAAAUUACUAGCCAACCGCCUAAAGCUCGUAUUACACAAACUGGUGGGGAUCAAUCAAUCAGCUUUCACUGAGGGUCGGCAGAUCUACGACAACAUUCUUCUUUGCCAGGACUUGCUUCAUGAUUAUCAUCUCAAUAAAGGGAUGCCUCGCUUUGCAGCCAAGUUAGAUCUGCGUAAGGUGUAUGACUCUGUCCAAUGGAGUUUUCUUUUCACUCUUUUGAAUCGCUUAAAUUUCCCUUCUCAAUUUAUCAAUUGGGUGGUUCCUUGCAUUACUAAUCCUAGCUAUGUCAUUUUUUUAAAUGGAGCGCAAUCGCACCCCUUCUAUGCCAACAGAGGAUUGCGACAGGGCUGCCCUAUGUCCCCCUUUUUGUUCAAUAUUGUUCUUCAGGUCUUCUCCGACUCGUUAUCGGCAGCUGCCAAGUCGGGGGUUUUUCGGUAUCAUCAGCUUUGUGAAAAGCCUGAGAUCUCUUCAAUCUGUUUUGUUGAUGACCUAUUUGUCUUUGGGAAGGGUGAUGACGUUUCUGCCGGCCAGUUGGACACACUUCUUUCCAGAUUUUCAGCCAUCUCGGGUCUCGCCAUCAAUAAAGGCAAAUCCGCCAUCUAUUUUGCAAACUGUUCUACUGCUCUCCAGAAUCAACUUAGCCAGAUUAUUGGUAUUUUACCUGGUCAGUUACCAAUCCGGUAUUUGGGAGUUCCUCUCCACUCUCGAUCUCUUAGGUCUCAUGAGUUUAAUGAGUUGAUCUCUAAGGUUGAGGCGAGACUUUCUUCCUGGAAGGCCAAAGCUUUGUCAUACGCAGGGCGCCUCACUCUCAUUCAAUCUGUGAUUACGGGUAUGAUUGCUUACUGGUUAAAUGUCUUUAAGCUCCCCAAGGGCACUCUCGAUCAACUAGAGCGCAUUAUGGCUCGCUUUCUUUGGUGGGGACAUGCUACCACUGGCUCUUACAAGGUGGCAUGGAGUGUGGUUUGUACUCCUAAGGAAGAAGGUGGGUUGGGGUUGCGGCGUCUUUGUGACUGGAACUCCGCUGCUUUAAUGAGGCAUGUAUGGAACAUUGCGUCUAAUAUGUCAUCCAGUUGGUCGCGCUUUGUCCGAUGUCGAUGGUUACGUCGCCACUCGAUAUGGUCUCUUCCUCGUCCUACUGUAUGCUCUCAAACCUUUAAUGCAAUUUUGUCGACUCGAGAUAUUGCUGUGACCUGUUGUAAAAGUCUAAUUCACACUGGUCACAAUACAUUAUUAUGGUAUGACCCUUGGUUGCCAAAUGGUCCAUUAUGUUCGGAUGGGUCUCUUAUCGUGGAAGCAUUGGGUCGUAACCCCUAUGAGACGGUUUCGGCACUCCUCUCCGAGAAUGGUGUAUGGGAUGAGGGUCACCAGGAUCCCAUUAUCUUAAAUAGAUGGACAGAGAUUGCAAAUACUCGUUCUCACUCUCGGCUUUCCAUGGAUCAGACGGUUUGGACUCAUUCCUCCUCUGGGCUAUUCUCUAUCAGUUCGGCAUGGAAUGUUGUUCGGCGUCCCGGUGCUAUGGUGAAUUGGCAUCAUCUGAUAUGGUUUCGCUACUCUCAUCCGCGUUUUGCCUUCAUUGCUUGGCUUGCGAGAUAUACUUUGCCUUCAUGGUCUGAAGAAGUUUCUUGGCUCUGUCAGAAUGUUAAGGGGGACUCUGUAGUUUCCUCUGUUCAGAGUUUCUGCUUCUCGGCAGUGGUCUAUCGAAUCUGGUGCGAGCGCAAUAACCGUAUCUUCAAAUCGGAGUCUACCAAUGUGGACGAGCUUUUUCAUCGAAUUGUUAGCGAUACCAGAGGUCGUUUCUGUCAUCUACAAAUCAGAACUGCGAUUUCCUCAUCCAUUAAGGAGUUUUUUCACCGAUGGAAAAUGAAACCGGAGUUUCUUUCUCACCCGCUUCAGUUUUUCUCUUGGCCUCGGCCCCCUGCGGCGUGGCUUGUUUUAAAUUGUGAUGGCUCAAUUAGAAAAGGGCUCGGCGGGUACGGCGUUGUUGCUCGAGAUGCAAGGGGUUGCCCCGUUUUUGCUCUGGCGGGUGCCGUAGUUCAUGAUAACAUUCUAUGUGUUGAGCUGAUCGCCAUUCGUCAAGGUCUCAAGAGAGCCAGGGACCGUCGAUGUACCCACCUUCAGGUUCGUUCAGACUCUCUGGCUACUGUUCAAAUGAUUACUGGGAAGUUUCGCCCUCCAUGGUUCGCUCUAGCACUUCUUGAUGAUAUCUUUGAGCUUUAUGCAAAUUUUCAGCACUGUGUUUUUUCGCAUCACGUUCGUGAGAUCAAUAGGUGUGCUGAUUUUUUGGCUUCUUUUGUUCAAUCUCCUCAUGAGACUAUGUUGGAUCUCUCAAACCUUUCUGAUGAUCUGAUCGUCCUUUUAAGUGAUGAUGCAUGCGGGAAGGCUAAUCUUGAAUAUGCUUGUGGCCAAGGGAUCGACUGUAGCCCAAUCCAAUCGGGUGGUGCCUGUUAUGAACCAAUCACUGUAGCUUCACAUGCAGCUUAUGCCAUGAAUCGCAUAUACCAAAUUGCUGGCCGGAAUCCCAGGAACUGUGAUUUUUCACAAACUGCAGCAGUCACAUCUACCAACCCAAGUGGAGGGAUUGCAGCGACAAGCAGAGACGAAGAGAGAGGAGAGAUUUGCAGCGAUGAACGGAGCCGAAGACAGAGGAGGAAGAAAGAAGAGGGAGAAGGGAGGAGGGCUUCGCAUCAGUUUCGAAGACGCUGA